CCGCGUCAUUGGUGAUGGCAACAUAGGCAAUAUCAGUCGGCUGGUGUGUUUUGCCAGAAAUUCACUCAUUGGGGGCUUGGCAAAGGGUAACCAUGUGGCUGGCGUGUUACUUGCCAUUUCCUCAUGGAAAGAGAGGAGAAACAUGAUUUUUCCUUCUCAACGAAUGGGUAUGUGUGUAUCUGAGCCUGUAGCCUACGUGUAUCUCCCCCCUUCCCUUUGUCCCUCCUCCAUCUAUAGUAAGACUCUCCCGGAACGCAAUCAAUCUGCUCGCAUCCUGCUGCAACCAGGAUGAGCCACAACAACCUUCACUUCACUUUCACGUUCAUUUAACCCCGGUCCAGGACCCCUCGGCCGCGAUCCAUGCUACCCUGACAAGUCUAUUUUCACUCCUUUUCCUGGACGACUACAGCAGCCACUCCACAUUGAGGCAGCAUGCCCGAGACGGGAGCGGCAGCUGCCGCUGCAGCCGCAUGUAGCAGCUCCACCGACACCGAGAUCUCACGGCACAGACACCGGUCGCAGGGAGAAGGGGAAAAGACAGACCAAAGUGCCGCCUCGCAGCCAACAUCAUCCUCUGGCGUUCUGGACAAACUGUUUGGAAAGAGACUCCUGCAGGCAGGGCGGCACAUCAUGUCCCAUAAGUCCUGGAUGAAGACGGUGCCCACAGAGAACUGUGAUGUCCUCAUGACUUUCGCAGAUGCCACUGAUGACCACACAUUACUCUGGCUGCUUAACCACAUACGCCUGGGCAUCCCAGAGCUCAUCAUCCAGAUCCGAAACCACAAACACACCCGCGUCUACGCCUUCUUUGUCACGGCAACCUACGAAAAUCUAUUACGAGGUGCAGAGGAGAUGGGUUUACGGAAAGCAGUGAAGCCCGAGUUUGGGGGAGGGACUCGCAGCUUCUCCUGCGAGGAAGACUACAUCUAUGAGAACAUCGAGAGUGAACUGUGCUUCUUCACAUCACAAGAACGGCAGAGUAUCAUCAAAUACUGGCUGGACAAUCUUAGAGCUAAACAAGGCGAGGUCCUCCACAAUAUCCACUUUCUGGAAGGGCAGCCCAUCAUCCCUGAGCUGAAAGCAAGAGGAGUAAUCCAGCAGGAGUUCCCCCUUCAUGAGCAGAGGAUUCUGGGACAGCUAAUGAAGUCAUGGGUCCAGGCUGUGUGUGAGAAACAGCCGUUAGAUGACAUCUGCGAUUACUUUGGUGUGAAGAUAGCCAUGUACUUUGCCUGGCUGGGCUUCUACACCACCUCCAUGCUGUACCCGGCUGUGAUCGGCUUCGUCCUGUGGAUGCUCACUGAAUCAGAUCAGACGAGCCGGGACAUCUGCUGCGUGGUGUUUGCCCUCUUCAACGUGGUGUGGGCCACGCUGUUCUUGGAGCGCUGGAAGCGCAGGGGGGCCGAGCUGGCCUACAAGUGGGGCACGCUGGACGCCCCCUCGGAGUCGCUGGAGGAGCCCCGGCCGCAGUUCCGGGGCGUGAAGCGCUGUAGCCCAGUGACGGGCUGUGAGGAGUUCUACUACCCCCCGUGGAGGAGGCGGCUGUUCAGGUGGCUGGUCAGCCUUCCAAUCUGUAUCUUAUGCCUUUGCUUCGUCUUCCUGGCUAUGCUGAUAUGCUUUGAGUUGCAGGAAUUUGUGAUGGGCAUCAAAGAGCUACCACGUAUAGCCAGGUUUAUUCCUAAAAUUAUGUUGGCCAUCACUGUGACUGCGUGUGACGAGGUAUACAAGAAGAUUGCCUGUUGGCUCAAUGACAUGGAAAAUUACAGACUCCAGAGUGCCUAUGAGAAAAAUCUCAUCAUCAAAAUGGUUCUUUUUCAGUUUGUAAAUUCUUAUCUCAGCCUUUUUUAUAUUGGAUUCUACCUCAAAGACAUGGAGCGUCUGAAGGAGAUGCUGGCCACGCUGCUCAUCAUCCGGCAGUUCCUGCAGAACGUGAAGGAGGUGCUGCAGCCUUACCUGUACGAGCGCCACAAGCUGGGCGACCUCACGCUCCGGGCCGUCUGGGACCUGCUCAUGACGGCGCUGACCCGGUAUGUGCGCCUGGCCGCCGGCAAGGCCCAGCUCUCGCCCUCUGACCCCGCCGUGCCGGGCCCGGGUCUGCGGGGCACGCGGUUGAGCGGCGUGGGCCGGACGCGGGCCGAACGCCGGGAGAAGAAGUGUUUGAACGGUGGCUGCGGGGUGACGGAUGAUGACGAGGAGGCCACGGAGGAGGAGGAGAGCGGGAGGGUGGGCGGAGGAGGAGGAGGUGGUGGCGGAGGAGGAGGAGGAGGAGGGGGGGAGGAGAACGAGGAGGAGAACGAGAGCCUGAUGGACUGCGGCCUGAAGCUACGGAAGGUGAGCUUCAUGGAGAAGGUGCAGCAACGGAAGGGGGCGUCGGCCUCCCUCUCCUCACCGCAGGAGGACAACUUCCUGGACGAGGGCAGCCCCACAAUGGUGGAGAAGGGCAUGGACCCGUCGUCCGUCUUCGAGAUGUGCGAUGACGACGACGACGAAGAGAACAGCGGCUCGGAUGGGAAGGAGUUGGGUUCGGAACCCAUCGUGCCAGCCGCCACGCUCUCGGGCAGUCAUGAGGGUGCCGCUACGUCCUCACGUCAACGGCGGAGGGGCCACAGCCUGGAGCGGGCCAACAGCAAGACCAAACGGGACUCCUGGAUCGAGCCUCCAGAAGAGCGGGAGUCCAACACCCUCACACAGGCUGAGAUCGAGAGCUGCAUGCAGAAGUAUGAGGACACCUUCCAGGACUACCAGGAAAUGUUCAUCCAGUUUGGCUAUGUGGUUCUCUUCUCCUCUGCCUUCCCCCUUGCCGCCAUGUGUGCCCUCAUCAACAACGUCAUCGAGAUCCGCAGCGAUGCCUUCAAGCUCUGCACCGGGCUGCAAAGGCCGUUCGGCCAGCGUGUGGAGAGCAUCGGCCAGUGGCAGACGGUGAUGGAAUUCAUGGGGCUGAUUGCCAUCAUAGUGAACUGUUACCUGAUUGGCCAGUGUGGUCAGCUGCAGCGUCUCUUCCCAUGGCUCAGCCCUGAGAUGGCCAUCAUCUCCAUCGUCAUCCUGGAGCACUUUGCCAUUCUCCUCAAAUACAUCAUUCAUGUUGCCAUCCCAGACAUCCCCAGCUGGGUGGGGGAAGAGAUGGCCAAACUGGAGUUCCAGCGGAGGGAAGCCUUUAAGAGGCACGAGCGGCAGGCACAGCAGCACUUCCAGCAGCAGCAGCGGCGGAAGCGCGAGGAGGAGGAGCGGCAGCGGCAGGCCGAGCACCAGGCGCGGCGCGAACGCGAGCGGGAAGAGGGCCGCUCCGACCCGUCUGGCGGCGACCACCACCACGACAAGAGCCACGGUGGCAAGGGCCGGUCCGGCGGAGGGGGCAGCUCGGGCGGGGACAAGCCCAAGCGGCCCAGCUCGCUGCUGGCCAACAACAACGUGAUGAAGCUCAAGCAGAUCAUCCCACUGCAGAGCAAGUUCUCGUCGGGCACGGCACGCUCGCCCCAGUCACCCACGGGCAACGAGCCCAAACUGCCCGGCUUUCUCAGCUUCAAGUUCCUCAAGUCGCCCGAGAAUAAGAAGGAGGCAGCGGCGGCAGCUGCGGCUGCAGCAGCAGCGGCGGCUGCCGCGGCCUCCUCCUCCACGGGGUCCUCCUUCAACACCAGCGGCAGCUCUGGCACCGUAGUGUCCUCCUCGGGCCAGGAGCGCUCGCAGUCCCCCAGCAAGUCCUUCAACCCCAGCAAACUCUUUAACUUCGGUAAGUCCGAGGGGGGAGCCUGCGUGAACGGCGCUCCGUUGCCCAGGCCCGGGGAGUUGUCGUCGUCGUCGUCGCAGGGCUCCGAGAAGCAGGCCAGCAAGGCGGACCUGAACGGGGUUCCGGACGAGAUCCCGUCACCCGCCGGGGAGAACGGGGAGAACGGACACUCCACGGACCAUGAGUCGUCCAGACCCUAAGAUCGGAUCCUAUUUUUAGGAAAACAAAAAAAGGGAAAAAUAAAUAGACUAUCAGCGAGAAGAUGAGGAAGGAGGAGGGUGUGGGAGGGGGAGCUAACUGAAGGUUUUCUGUCUGUCAGUGCUUUUUGUAAAGCUCUUCUAAUGUAAACUUAGCCCUGCAAGCUGUUAAAGGAGCGAAAGGGCGAAAGAAAGACGCACAGGGAAAAUGUCUGGGUGAGAGGCAGGUUUUUAAACGUGUGACACCCCCUCCCAAACAUACUCAGACCACACACACAGACACACACACACACACACACACACUGCUCUGCCAACCCUUUUCUGCAAUACAUGUAGGAAUGCAUGAGCUGUGUUUCUUAUACAUUUGGGAGCCUUUUCCCAAAGAGCAGUUGGAUUUUAGUAACGGGGGUUUUCUCAAUUUUAGUUUAGUCACAUCUCAGAAACACACCACAGUGGAAAUACUUUUUUUGUAGUUCACAUAUAUUCAGUAAUCCCGGAGUCAGAUAUCAGAAGAACAAAUCUCAAACUAUGAGUGACUUGAGGCAAGUCCAUUUUGUUUACUUAUUUAUCCCUUGGGUUUAACCGAGCAAUAUAACUAAAAAAGGCAGAGAGACAUCCAUGCACUCAGAUCUCCUUCAGACGGUGUCCUGAAAGGCUACAGUUGUUGUUGAGAGCGGAUAUCACCAUAACCUUUGCAAUAUCCUAGUGUGGAGUUUUGUGAUACAGUGGUCAGUCUAUAAGGUGUUUUGACAGUGUCUCUGAAUUUUGAACAAGAAGAGACUCACUGGGGGAAGUUGAAGCUUCCUGUCGAAGGUAACAGGGAGUUGAAGUUGGAAUUUGGAAACCACAUAUUCUGAAGGCAAGGGUCAGGUUAGACAAAGAUGUAGGGGCAAAAGCUUUAGAGACAAAGAUGGAAAGUGGAAAGGACCAGAAGUCAUAGUGAGGAUUAGAUCCGAUAUGUAGCGUGGAGAGGAGGGCAUUCCCAUUUUAAUCCUUUAUUUUUUAUCUGCAUAAAAAAAACCCUGGACUGGAGAAGAUUCAUUCCCAUUUGCAGCUCAUGGACAGACACUGGAGAUGACAUUUGCACUAUUAUUCUGCUGCCCUGCAAAGGUGAAAGAGCUACUAGCAGAAAGAGAGUACACCAGCCUGCCUCAUAGCAUAUGCAAAAGCUGGAUUUUUUUACUGCUACGUAGACCCAACAUUACGGUCAACUUAACCAUUCAUUCCUUUUGGUGCUGGUUUUUAGCCAUGAUCAUGAUUUGUUAUCAUAUAUGUAUGUUCUUAAUUUCUUCACCAGUACUUCUGAUUUGCCAAAGUUGUAUCAGUUUGAGAAUGGAGGAAGGGUUUUAGAUAUAGCCUGCAUAGAGAGCCAUACUUGUUUGUCAAAGUACAUUUUAAAUACAUGUUGCGUUGGUUUAUGUCCUUGUAAAUAAAGAAAAUUCAGUUCCAGCCAUUUGCCAGAGAGUGGCGCCCAAACCCAGAAUCACCUGUCCUUGGUUAACCCUCGGCUCGGCUGUCUGGAGGAAAAAUGCUUUAGUGGGGAUUUCAGCACUGAGCUCAGGCAGCACUCCCAAUAAUAGCAAUGAAUCAUUAGUCAAUUCUACCAUUUUUGUUCAUGUGAGCUCUGCUGAGUAAUUAGAAUGUGCCCCUCAGAGAGAGAGAGAGAGAGAAAGAGAGGUUAAACAUUAUCUAUGCACCUCCAUAUAUGCCAUUCAUCAAUGAAUUUUGCAAUAAUAUGGUGAACUGGAGACUGAUGACAUUGUUUUCUUUAAUGAUUGUAUUUCUUUAUUUUCUUUGCACUCUGCAGAUUCAUAUCUCACUUUGAGGCAUGAGGUUGUGGUUUUCUGUCAUUCUGCUCUGAUUGGUUGACCCUCAUGUCCGUCCUUUGACUUCCACCUGCAACCCCCUACUUUGGAGAGAGAAGUGUACAGGAUAGGACAGCAAAACACAAACUGCAUUUUUGUUGUUUAAAUAAUAUAUUUGUUCUCUCCAUACGAUGUGACCAGGUUUGUUUAAAAGCUAAAACUUAUCUCCGGCCCGCCAAACAAGGUUGAAGAUAUUCACCCCCAUGUUAUGUAGCCAUAUGUUUUGAUUAAUUUCAUGAAUAUCAUUCUCCCCACUGAUAUCUAAGAGUGUACUUGUAACAGGCCUCUUAAAAUAGAAAAUGUCCCAACCAUGAAGUAUAGAAUGGUUAGUGUUUCUCCUGUGAAAUACAGUGUGUAGUAGUAAAUUGAUUAGCAAGGCAGUGUUGUGUAAUGCAAUAAGGGAAGUCACUUGAAUUUCAUUUGGAAUUCGAGGUGGGCAGCCACAAUGAAUCACAUAAUAGCUUCUUUUGUUCGUGUUUCUUAUUUACAUAUUUAAAAUGACUACAAACUGUCAUGGAUGAGAUGAGUUCACUUGUCAGCUUGUAACUGCAGAAUGAAUUGCAUUGUGUAGGACACAGACAAACGAACAGGUGAUUAAAUACCUGUGUAUCUUUUUUCAUUACAUCUUAGACUGAUUCCAUUGGGACAGUUUAGUAAACAAAAAGGCCUUCACAGUUGAAUAAUAUCACAAAACACAUUCAGAAAUGAUAUUUAGAAUCAGUGCAAGAACCAACAGAUCUUUUAGAAAGGAUUCCCUUGAACCAAUGAAGCCGUAUUUAUACUUAGUAAGAACCUUAUUCAGACAGUUACGUUUGGUUCUUGUGUUUUUUCUUUCGAUUAACCAGAUGUGAUCUGGUGGAACAUGUUUGCCUCUAGAGCCGUACGGAUACACUGUGUGAAUCAACCAUGAUCACUCAACGCUUCGGUUCCUUUUCUUUCUCUUCUCAUGCUGUAAAUUAAAAUUGGUCUAUAGUGGCACAGUGUGAACUGUUCCCCUAGAGGUUUGCCUGGGAAAAGGAAGGGUGAGUGGGAGAGCAAGACUGACACAUCUGAGAAAUUCCUCCCAGCCAGUGCUCUGACUGAACGCCUCAGCCUCUUGACGUGCUCUUCCAACAACACCACUGUAAAGCUUCUUAUGUUUUCAUUUCAUUUCUUUUUCAAAGAAAAAGAUGUUAGGAAAUGGGACAAUUUAUUUCUUUUAAUUUAUUUUGUCAUAUUUUUGUAAGAUCUGAAAAUGAAUAAUAAAACAAUUUUAAAUUUGAUCUUUA